AUUACUUUUUAUAACAAAUAAAGGUAAUUAGUACUUAAUACAAUUAUUGCUAAUUAAAAUAUAAAUUGUACCUAAUCAUAAUAAUUUCAAAUUAAAUUACUUAACAAGCUUAUUCACGAACCAUCAAGCCAAAUACUACCAUGUUGAGCUUAAUUUGUUUAAUUGAUGAGCUUCACUAAAUUAGCUCGCAUGAACUUUUCUUGAAUCAAGCUCCAAAUAACUUACAAAUAACUUGAUUUGUUUACAGAUAAAUAUUGAAUGCUAUUUUAUUAAAUGAGGUGGAAAAAAACUAAAAAUUCAAGAGGGAUGACUCAUUAUUUUAUCAAUGAAUUUUGUACGAGAGCACAUAUUUUGAAAAAUAUUGAAAGUUGAGAAUUUUUAAGUUGAAAAUGAAAAUUUAAGACAUAUCUUGAAAAAUGAUGAAAAUUAGGAACACAAAACAUAACUAACCAAUAGUGAGAUACAGGAAAUGUUGGGACACUAGAUCUGAACCACUGCUGGUCAUGCAAGUUUGGCAUGUUGACGAACACUUUAAAACUCCAAUCUAACUAUUUAUUAUAUUCAUUUCAAAAAGCUUUCCAUUUUGAUACGAAAUGCCAAACAGGUUUGAUAAAUUUCAAGAUUUUGCUUGCUUGACGCAUACUCUUACCAGACAAGAAGCCGAAAUGCAUGAUGCAAAACAAGCUCCAGCUUUGAUGCAUGCAAUAUUCAUGAUCAAAGUAGUAAAUCCCACUUCUUCCCGCAACAAAUUUAUAACACAAGGCCAAAUGCAACCUGCAGAAAAAUUAAGAAUUUUACAUCUAAGAAAAUGUCGAUUAACUCUGCAAAUACAAGCUGGGCCAAAAUUAUCACCCCCUUUGCCUUCUCUCAAUGUGGAGUAGCCAUUGCAGUCGCUAUCGCCUCUCUGUUACUUGUAUACUUCUUCUCUUCUUCCAAAUCCCGUCCCAUUUACCUGAUAGACUUCUGCUGCUACCUACCGCCUCCAGAUCUUCGUGCCACACCGGCUAACUACAUAGAACACUUUGAGUUAUGUGCUGCUCACGACAGGGAAGCUAUCGAUUUCCAAGCUAAGAUGAUCAAGAGGUCAGGCAUCGGUGAUGAGGCCUGUCUUCCUGUUUCAGUACAUCAAAUCCCACCUGAUAAAUCUCUCAGCUGCACCCGAGUGGAAACGGAGACCGUUCUUUUCUCAGUCGUGAAAGACCUCCUCAGCAAGCACAGCAUCAACGCGAAAAGUGUUGACAUUCUAGUGACCAACUGCAGCAUCUUCUGCCCCACACCAUCUAUCACGGCUAUGAUCAUAAACAAGUUUGGGUUCAGAAGCAAUAUCAAGAGCGUCAGCCUUAGUGGGAUGGGAUGCAGUGCCGGCCUCGUGGCCAUUAGUCUAGCAAAAGAUCUCUUGAGAGUGCAAGGAAACUCACUGGCUCUGGUUCUCAGCAUGGAGGCAGUGACCCCUAGUGGCUAUGAUGGUAGCAUCAAGUCCAUGCUUUUAGCCAACACGUUGUUUCGUAUGGGAGGCGUUGCUGUGUUGUUGUCGAACAAGAAGCAAGACAGGUUGAGAGCCAAAUACAAGCUUCGAUAUCUCUUGCGAACACAUAUGGGGUCGGAUGAUCAGUCAUACCACUCCGUCAUCCAGAAAGACGAUGGAGCGGGAUCUGUGGGUGUUGCGCUAUCGAGAUCUCUUCUACAUGUCGCAGCAAAUGCCCUGAAAAUAAAUUUAACAGAAUUAGGCCCUUCUUGCUUACCACUUUCCGAGCAGCUUCUCUAUGGAUGGUCAGUCUUUCUAGGAAAAUUUCGGAAUGCAGCAAGGAAACAGGAAAUAUACGUACCAAACUUCAAGAAGGCGUUUGAGCAUUUCUGCAUACAUGCAGGUGGAAGGGCAAUCAUUGAUGCUGUGGAGGAAGGGCUGAGGCUGAACAAAGAAGAUGGAGAAGCAUCCAGGAUGACGCUCCAUAGAUUCGGCAACACUUCAUCUUCUUCAGUUUGGUACGAGCUGAGCUAUCUGGAGGCGAAAGGCAGGAUUAGGAAGGGAGACCGGGUGUGGCAAAUUGCAUUUGGCAGCGGCUUCAAAUGCAAUAGCGCGGUGUGGGAGUGCAUAUCAGAACUCGACCAUAACAUCCGAAAUGCCUGGUCGAGUAACAUACAUUUGUACCCAGUUCAGAUCCUUGAUGUAGCAGAUCACUAAUGAGCCCUUGAUGCGUGCUAAUUUCUUAAUCUUACGAUGUUUCAUUA